GGGAACCGUUAUGCCGUUGGACCUGGUAAGGAUCGUGACGUGGUGAUUGGUCACUUAACACUGUGGCGAAAAUAAGUGAGUUGUCGUCCACCGGUUGUUGUUCAGUCAGGUAUUUGGACGUUUGUUUCCACACCCUAAAGUGUCGAACAGAAAGUUUCGACUUCGGGAAUCGAACUGUUAGCUGUUGAAAUUUGCGAGUUGGAACACUAGUGCAUUGUUUGUGUGAGUGUAUGUGACUGACAGCGGGAGUGGGAGAGAGAGAGCUGACGAACAAGAGAAGUGACUCAAAACAGCGCCAACAACAUGAAGCUGUACAGCCUCAGCAUCCUUCACAAAGGGGCAACCAAAUCCCACCUCCUUAAGGCAGCAUAUGAUCUGUCCUCCUUCAGUUUCUUUCAACGGUCAAGUAUUCAGGAGUUCAUGACCUUCACCACUGCCUUAAUUGUUGAACGGACCACACAAGGAAGUCGUGCCUCAGUCAAGGAACAGGAGUACCUGUGUCAUGUGUAUGUGAGAAAUGACAACCUGAGUGCAGUGGUCAUCGCAGAUACAGAAUACCCACAGAGAGUCUGUUUUACAUUGCUGGAUAAAGUGCUUGAUGAGUUUUCCAGGCAGGUGGACAGUAUAAACUGGCCCUCUGGUAAUCCUGAAUCCAUAAACUACAAAGCCUUAGACAUUCACCUCGCUAAAUACCAGAACCCCAAGGAAGCAGAUGCAAUGACCAAAGUGCAGGCAGAGUUGGAUGAGACAAAGAUAAUUUUGCACAACACCAUGGAGAGCCUUUUGGAAAGAGGAGAGAAGCUGGACGACCUCGUGGCAAAGUCAGAACACCUGGGAAACCAGUCUAAGGCCUUCUACAAAACUGCGCGGAAACAGAACUCGUGCUGUGAAAUAAUGUGAUGUCACUUGCCUCAUUUCCAUGGACACACUUAUCUCUGCCUUUCUGCUUUUCCUACAUCUCCCAUCUUCCACUGGUCACCAGUUUUCAACACCAAGGAUGGGGAUUUUGACAGGGAUGGGAGGCGAGGGGGGGACUGGAUGGGAGAAAAAUAAUAGUGGGAGGUGGUUGUCUGGACAGUGACUGGGCUCAAGGAUUAAUGGGAUUUGGUCAGGGGGAGGAGAAAAAUCUGUAGUAGCUGUUGACCUUUUUAAGGGGUGAUCAUCUGUGUGGUGUCUCUGUUCUAGCGGAGGACGGACCUGUGUGACGCAUUAGUGAUGUUUUAUCUUCAGAACAUUGAAUAUUACCUGGAUUGAUUUACAUCCCAAUAGAAUAAUCUAAAAUCUUUCUUCGACAGAGUAUUAACUAUAGACGUGCUUCUGCUUCUGGGAUACUUCGACAAAUCCACAGGCUUAUGUAACAUUUUUGCAGCGUGUCACUGUUUAGCGAAAACGUUAAAUCUGACCGUUUUCACCGCAGACGUGAUCACUUCAUGAUCACUAGAUGGCGCUGUUUAUUAACCGUUUCCACUGAGCCUCAGUGAGUUCUGUCCCACCACGCUGAUGUCAAUGUCGCAGAGCAGUUUGACCACAGGACAUCCAGACGUCUUGGGAUUUUAAUUCUAAUUUUAAACUAUUCUUUGCAAUACUGGAUUCAAUUCUACAAAUUGUGUGCUUCUCUCAAGUCUCAUAGUGUUAUAUUAAACAUCUGCAACAUUCCCACUUUGGGUGAUUGCGUGUUAUUGUGUGAUUGAAAUGAGUUUUAAAUUAUGAGAUGGUUAUAUGUAUAUAUAAAGAUGUUUCUCAAUCAAUGCAGCCUUAUUGCUGUGGGAUGACUAUGUAAACGACCUGUGCUGUGUGAGAAUCACCAUCUAACGUGUCGAUUUGUUUUCUCCAUUGCUCUGUGUACUGUACCAUUCUUUUAACUGUUGAAGCUACACCACCACCUAAAUCAUCUGUUCACUUACUCUUUACUUACAUUUUACCAUGAUAUUUUUGUGAACUUGCUGUGUGGGUUAAUUCUCUGUUCUCUGACUGUUUCUAGUCUUUAUGGGCUGUGUAAAUUCAAAUGUCAUUCUCAGCAGACAUGACACUGCUUACAUUUGUGACAAUGUCGUCUGAAUGGUAAUUAUUCCUUCACUAAAUACAGAUAAGUUUAAAAUGAAGACACGUUUUUGGUUGUGUGUAUUUUAGAUUUUUUUUUAGAUUUCUUUGACAAUAUGUGUACAAUUUGCUGAACACACAUUAUCUGCAGACUGCAUUGAUGUUGAGUGCCUGUGUGUUUUUGUGAGUGUCUACAUUUUGCUAUCUCCUUUUACGGUGUAAACGUUUGUGCAAUAUCACUGCAGACUGUUGGUGUCGCAGUGCAACGCAGAGCGAAUAAAUUGAUAUAUUUCCCAGAAACGUUGUACAUUCAACUUUGUCAUUUUAUCCUCUUAACCUUAAUGACGCCAGUUUGUGGAUGGUAUUUCUUAAAUUUAUUUAAAAAAAAAAGUUUUUCUGUUAAUGGACUACAUUGUACUGUUAUAUUGUAGGUAUUGAUGGAGAUAUUUUGCUGAUCAGUAGUACUUACUAUGUGACUAUGAUCAGCAGAUUUUAUUUUAAGACAAAAUAAGUUCUAAUAAAGGUGUUUUUCCUCUG